CAGGGUCUCACUGAAUUGCUUAGCGCCUUGCUUUUGCUGAGGCUGGCUUUGAACCAUCCUCCUGCCUCAGCCUCCUGAGCUGCUGAGAUUACAGGCACGGGCCACCACGCCCAGCUUUGAGGUAAUUUUAGAUUUUAGGGUGGCAAAGAUAUUCCUGGAGUGCUUUUCUCUCAGCUCUUCCUUAUGUUACCUCCCACAUAACUACAGUAUGGUUUGUAGUUAUCCUGGCACAAAAACUGUUAACCAUUGACUUUACUCAGAUUUCACUAGUUUUUCCUGUCAUGUCAUUUUUUUCUAUUGUAGGAUCUAAUCCAUUUAAUUGUCACAUUUAUUUAGUGACCUCAGUCUAUAACAAUGUCUUUUUCUGCCUUUAUGACCUAAUUGCCUUUCUUUAAAUAUAUUUUUAUUUUCAAUUGACACAUGGCAAUUGUGUCACAUAUUUAUGGGCUACAGGGUGAUAUUUCUCUACAUCUAUGCAAUGUGUAAUGAUUAGGUCAGGGCAAUUGUUUUAACUAUCACUUAAUCAUUUCUUUGCUAGGAACAUUCAAAAUCCUCUCUACUAGUUAUUUUAAAAUAUUCAAUUUAUUACUGUAUAUAUACACACACACACACAUACAUACUACCUUUUAUUUAUCCAUUGGUCUGUUGAUCCUUAUCGAGGCUAUUAUAAACAGUGUUUCAAUAAACAUGGGAGUGUAGAUAUUUUUUUCAGAUUUCAUUUCCUUUGACUAUGUAACCAGAAGUGAGAUUGAUGGACUAUAAAACAGUUUUAUUUUUAGUUUUUCAAGGAAGUACCAUGCUAUUUUCCAUAAUGACUGUGCUAAUUUACAUUCUCAACAAGAGUGAGUAAGAAUUCCUCUUGCUCUUCAUCAUUGCCAGCAUGUAUAAUUAUUAUUUUCUUUUUGAUAACUGCCAUUGUAACUGGGCUAAGAUGUAUGUCACUAUGUGGUUUUGUUUUGCAUUCCUCUGAUGAUAAAUGAUGCUGAACAUUUUUUUUCAUAUAUUUGUUGACCCUUUAUGCAUAACCUUUUGAGAAAUAUUUAUUUAGGUUAUUUCCUCAUUCUCUCACUAGGUUAUUAAUUUAUUGUUUUCUGUCAGGUUCUUUGGAGUUCCUUAUGUAUUCUGUUAUUAAUUUCCUUUUUUCAAUAUUUAUUUUUUAGUUGUAGUUGUACACAACACCUUUAUUUUAUUUAUUUAUUUUUAUGUGAGGCUGAGGAUUGAACCCAGGGCCCCUCAUGUGCUAGGCAAGUGCUCUACCACCGAGCCACAACCCCAGCCUUUAAUUUCUUAUUGGAUGAAUAGUCUACAAAUAUUUUCUCCCUUUCUGUAGGUUGUUUAUUCACUCUGUUGAUUGCUUCUUUUGCUGCUGCUACUUUGAAGAAUCAUUAAUUUUGUAAACUAUUUCUUGAUUUGUAUGUUUUACAGUUUUUUUUUCAAGAUUAGGUUGAAGUUAUGCCUUACUGGGAAUGCUACCAUAGACUGGAGGUGAUCUACCCUUCUCGGUGCAUUAUAUCAAGGGUGUGUAAUAUCUAGGUGUAAUAAGGUUAAUAUUAAUAUAGAUCACUUGAAAAAGUGACAUCUUCCAAGACUCUGUUAUAUAAUUAUUAUUUUCCCUUUGUAAUUAUCAAACAUUUGAGAGAGAUACUUUAAGGAUAUGCAGAUAUUCUGCUUUCAGCUUAAGUUUUCAACCAGUGUUGUUAGCACCCAUCAGGGAAUUUUGCCAGCAGCAAUUGUUACUGUGAUUUUCUAAUUAUAAUUUUAUUUCUUUCAUUAAAAAUAGAUAUAUUUUUUGUAUAUAUCAGAUAAUUACAUGACUAUCAAUAAUUCUUUUUCUCUUCCACACACCUUCCAUUUUAGAAAUUAAAGUGGCCAUGGAUUUCAAUGAUACUGAAUGGUUUGGAAAAGAUGAAGGAGUUAAAUGAUAAAGGGUAUCCCACCACAGCUUUGUAGUGAUAAAAAGAACCCUGAGAUUACAGUGAGAAAAGCUGAGAUUUAGUAUUAUUGUACCAUUGUAUAAAUGAAGAAUUUGAGGCACAGGAAGGUUAAACAACUUGCCCCAGCUCAUUUAGCAGUGAACUUCUUUAUACUUUUUGCUAAUGGACAACCCAGCAUUUGAAGUGCAUGAAGAAGGAUCAAAGAAUGAUUUGUCUAUGGGGAAGAUCAAUACCAUCUCCAGAAUGGAAAAGAAGAAGCAGUGGUCAUUGUUGAGCAUUUUCCUGGUGUGUCUCUUGGCCUGCGUCGUCACCACAGCUAUAGGAGUACUGAUUCUCUCCUUGGUUUAUAUUAACAACUCCCAGUCUCAUUUAAAUGUUCAGUUUGCGGCUGGAGUCUGGCCUCUGCGAACCACAGUGGAUCCUAAAGUGCAAAAGGCAGUUGAUCCAAAAUUCCAGUUUCUUAAUCACUUACCAAAAUCUAAGGUGUUUGAGUACUCUGGUGGUGCAAUCCAGUGGGCCCGGUACAGGAACAAUGUCAAAGACUAUCUCAAUGAUGAAGAAGAGGCCUUUGGAACUAGCUUGAACAGUCAGAAAUCACAUAUGACUCUGGGGACCUUGAGAAUAAAAAGCAAGGGGCUCCGGGCCCCUCACUGGCACUUCAAUGCUAAUGAACAUGGCUAUCUGGUACAGGGAACAGCAUGGAUUGGGGUGGUUGAUGAUGGUGGUGAGAUAGUUACUACAUACAAUGUCACAGCUGGCCAAGUGAUCUUCUUCCCCCAAAACACACUACACUGGAUAAAGAAUGUGGGCAAUGAAGACUGCUUCUUCUUACUCUUUUUUUCUACACAUGAUGAACUUCAGACUCUGGAUGUUGAUGAUGUAUUUUUUUCUACACCUGAAGACAUUGCUUCAAGGUCACUUAAGCCUGAAGGUGGAAUUGAUUUCAUUAGAAAAUUCCAAAAGCAAAAAGAAGAUCAGGCGGUCAAUCUUCCUUCCAACUUGGCAGAACUGGUUAUGAAUGCUAGUUAUGUACAGUCUCCUGACAGCCUUGUGUGGAGAUACUUUUAUGACCUUAAAGGUUCAAAAGAAUAUCAGUUUCCAGGAGGAGUAAUACAAAUGGCACAACACUGGAGGAAUGGAAGUGAACUCAGCAACAAUGAGAAAAUUUUCAGUGAAUUCCUUAAUCAGCAUCAAAAUACCCUCGCUUUGAGUACACUCAGAAUUUAUAACAAUGGAUUACGACAACCACAUUUUCAUUUUAAUGCGAACGAAAUGGGAUAUGUGUUAAGUGGAUGUGGAAAGGUGGGCAUUAUUAAUACUGAGAGUACCAUAGAGUUUAACAUUAACAUUGGAGACGUGGUAUUUUUCCCCAUUGGAACCCAGCAUUACAUUAAGAACACAUGUGAUGAAGAUUUGCUUUUCAUUCUUGCCUUCAGCACUGGAGAUCAGCUGCAAACCCUUGACAUGGAUGAUUAUCUCCAGGCCACUGCAGAUCACAUCUUGGCUCAGCUUUUCUUCAAGAAGCAAAGUGAAUUUAAGAAGAUUCCCAAAUUCAAGGAGGACCAGGCAAUUAACCUGCCUUAGAGUUACUGAUGAGUUCAAAUCUAUUCCUGUGCUUUUGUUGUUGUUAAAGAAGGACCACAUGGCUGCUGAGCUGGGGCUCUUUACAAAGUAGAGUGAGAUAGCAGGUCAGCCUGCAGACUCAUUUAGCUAAUAGUGAUUAUGGGCUAAGGGAACACUUCAGAUCAAUAGAUGUAUGGAGGAGACCUGAUACAUUAACAUAUUUUUGUAUGAAUUUUAGUAUAUGUAUGUGUAUGUUUAUUUCCCUUUUGUUACUUCAAAUUUAUUAUUCCAAAUGUAAAUCUAUUCUUCUUUUGCACAUAGGUAAAACUUAAUUCCAUGCAAAUAUUUUUGUUAUUCAUCAUUGUGAAAAGAAGUAAGGUCAGCUUAUGUAUGUAUAUAUUGAGGCACUGAAAUCCACAUUGUCAAUCCUUGUCUAUGGAGUUUAGUUUUAAGUCCUACGUUGGAAGUUCCCUUUUUAGAGUGCCAAUACUUAUACUAGUAUUGGGUACUAACUAUAUUUUAGUUAAAAUACUUAAUGAAUUCAACACCAUCUUUGGAUUUUAUUAGUUACAUCAUCUGUUUGCAUUUAAGGAAUAGUCAUCUCUAUGUUUGAGAAGCAUAUGGUUCAUCUAGUCUAUUGGUAAUGCUGUCUGUGUAUAAGUAUUCAAGGACAACUUAUUAGCAUUCUGAAGCUUGUCAGGGCUGGUUGUCUCGAAGUGGGAGGUCACUGUCUUAAGAAAAUAAUUUGUUCAUAUCUAAUCUGUAUUUUGUUUUUGUUUGUGAUUUAUUUUAACAGAUAUUUAUACCCUACAGUGUGCUGGGUACCACCAUCAGUACUGGGCUAAAGUAGGAAUGGCUGGUUCUCAAUGCCUUUGGCCACCAUCCCCUUUAAGCCAGUCCUCUGACCUCUAGUGAGAUUUUUUUAGAUGUCUCAGGCUAUUUUGAGGCUACAAAGAAUUUGUAGUUCUCUUUUCUUUCUAUCUGAAUAACUAACUAGUCUGUUGACUACAAGUGUAGAAUACAGUGAAAACGAGGAAUGGUUCACCUUUAGCAGGGGGGAGUGGUCACCUGUAUAACAGACUUUAGGAACAUCAAGACAGCCUUUACCUGCUCUUAAGUUAUUCUUGAUUCAUCCAUCCAUCCAUCCAUCCAUCCAUCCAUCCAUCCAUCCAUCCAUCCAUCCAACCAUCCAUUCAUCCAUCCAUCGAUCUCACUAAACAUUUACAAGCAACUACUAUAAGCAAACACUGUGAUUAAAUAUUAGUGAUAUGAAGUUGACUAUGAAAUUAUCUCUGCACUCAAGGAGUUUACAGCCCAUUGAGUAGAUGCAUAAAAACAAUCAGUGUGAUAUAUUAUAAUAAUGCUAUGGUAGGUAUACACUGUAAUAAGUGAUGUACAUGAACACACAAACUAGAUAUGCAUACGUACACACACACACACACACACACACACA